AUGCUCCAGGGAAAGAAGAGUAAGCUCCGUGCUCAUGAGAAACGCUGCCCAGCCCGUGGUGAGAUCCAGUGUCUUCCUGGGGCACAGGAAGGAGAGACUCCUUCCUGCUCUUCUCUCUCCGGAGAUGCUGCUCCAAGCUCCUAUGCUGGUGCUGUUGCUCAGAAGUCCCAAGGAGCUCCACCCACCACUAGUGCUGCUGCUCUUGCUUCAUUCAAAAAGUCCGGUAAAGUUUCCAAGAAGCGAAGAGAGCAAAAGGCGACUUCCUUUACGACUACAACCCCGACUGAGGUCUCAGAGAAAGAGCUCCUAAUGAAGAAGGCAGGAAUGCUGAUGAACUACCUUCUGUACAAGUAUCAGAUGAAGGAGAACGUGAUAAAGGGUGAAAUGGUGCAGAUUCUCCACAAAAGGUUCCGCCCACAAUUUCCAGAGAUCCUACAGUUGACUUUGGAAUGGGCAGAGCUGCUCUUUGGCCUUGAGCUAAAGGAAGUCAAGCCUGGCGGUGGCAUCUACAUUCUUGUCAAAAAGUUAGAUGACUCCAACAGUGGGAGUCACGGCAGUAGCUUGGAAGUCCCCAUGAACGGGCUUCUGAUGCCUCUCCUUGGCUUGAUCUUCUUAAAUGGCAACUCUGCCUCAGAAGAAGAGCUCUGGGAAUUCCUGAAUAAGAUGGGAAUCUAUGAUGCAACGGACCACCUAAUCUUUGGUGAGGCACGCAAGUUCAUCACCAAGGAUCUGGUGCAGAAAAAGUAUCUAGUGUACCGCCAAGUGCUUCCCAGUGAUCCGCCACGCUAUGAAUUCAUGUGGGGCCCAAGGGCACACGUUGAGGUAAACAAGAUGAAAAUCCUGGAGUUUUUGGCCAAGGUCAAUGAAACGGUCCCUAGUGCCUUCCCAUCUCAUUAUGUACAGGCUUCGAGAGAUGAGGAGGAGAGGGCCGAAGACACAGCUGCAGCCAGCCAAGGCACUGCUGCUCAGUCUAUUCCAGGUCCCGGGGAGACCUCCAACGUCUGCCCCCCCGAGUGA